AUGAUAAUAAUUGACAUUAUGAAGGAGAGAGUAUCAGACAUUUAGAAUAUCUAUAAUAAUACUAUGGCAAUAAAACAAAUUAGUAAUCUUUGAUAUAAUUUAGAGUAUAGAGAGAAGCUUCGUUAAAUAUAAGAGACUGACCUAAUGAGUUCACUCUAUUAAUUUCGUAAAUUGACACAAUAGGAUUUAGCUCAAUUCCAAGAAGGAGCAAAAUAAAUCUUUAAAAUAAUUGCACCAGGAUUUGAUGUACACGAUAACAUUAGUUAAGACACGAUUUAGCAACAUAACUCUCACUUCCACCAGCAAAGUGUUCAUAGAGUUGUACAAGCAUUUUGGUUUCAGUUAAAAAAGUGACGCUUUGUACAAUGAAUUACUUCGCAAUUCCAAGUAGCAGAUAUUUCUUUGUCUCAUUCAACAUC